AGUCGGCAUUUUAGUUGCGACGUACAAUUCAUCCUUUUCACAGUUAUAAUAUUGCAUGGUUAAUUUGUGUACCUACGUAGUUCGAUCACUUUCUUCAAUCAGACUUUCAUUUCUAGAGUGCUAAAAACGAAGUUCUCUACUUAUUUAUCUAUACUUUUUAUCGAAAUAAAAUGUUUGAUAUUAGAGGUAUAAUCAUCUGUGUGCCUUUAUAUACUGCAGGGGUGCUGUUACUUGGUGCUUCUAUAACAGCUAGUUUGUUUGUGUUCCAUGUGGCUAUAGUGCCAUUUAUAUUUAAAUACUCGAAGACAUUCAGACGAGGCCUUAUAUUUGCUAAUUUUGUUCAGUGGCCUUUGCACGUAGAUUAUGAUGAGCCUUCAGCUAGUGGUAUUGAAGGAGGUCGAAACCUUACCUUACAGUACCAGUCAAAAGUUGAUAAAUGCACUGUGCAAAUUGGCGUAUGGCAUAUUCUACCCAAAUCAAUCUACGAAAAAUUUAAAGGAGAUUUCGAAGGCAACAUUGAUAAAGAAGAAUUAAAUAGAAAAUUAGAUGAAGAAAUGGCUUACUCAAAGAAACCUAUUAUGAUGUAUUGCCAUGGUAAUUCCAACUCACGUGCCACGUCACAUAGAAUACAACUUUAUAAAUUCUUCCAGCAAAUGGAUUUUCAUACAAUUGCAUUUGACUACAGAGGUUAUGGUGAUUCAACCAACCUGAAUCCAUCAGAAGAUGGUGUGGUGGAAGAUUCAUUAGUCGUGUACGAAUGGAUACAUAGUACAAUGGAAAAUUCCCAAAACAAACCGCCCAUAUAUGUCUGGGGACAUUCCUUAGGCACUGGCAUCUCUUCUCACUUGUUGGGUAACUUAGACGAGCUGUGUGGUAGAUUAUUGAAGAGGAGGGAUCCACUAUCACCACCUAAUGGACUCAUAUUAGAGGCACCAUUCAACAAUCUGGCUGAUGAAGUAGCUCAUCAUCCAUUAUCUAUUUUAGUAACAUGGCUGCCAUACUACGAAAAUACGUUCGUAGCACCGUUCCGUGCGUGCCCGCAACAUUCCUUCUGUUCGGACAAACAUCUGGCGCGCGCGUCACAACUACCCGUCCUCAUACUGCACGCGGAGGAUGACCUCAUAGUGCCUUACAUCGUAGGACAUAAGCUGUACCAAUCCAUAGUAGAAUCAAGACGCAAUGGCGGUGCCACCGUGAAAAUACAUAAAUAUCAGAGGAAAGAAAAUUUGGGCCACAAAUGGAUAUGCAACGCCAACAACUUGCAUCAAGUCAUUGGGGACUUCGUAAAGGAUCACUGUUGAAAUGUAAGUCAAUUGAUAUAAUAUAAAGCCCAGUAUUUUAGUCACAAACAAAUUAAUAUACUCAUUUUAUAAAAUACUUAAAUAUUUUAAAUUCAAUUUAAACUGUGAUUUCUACCGUCUCUACACGCUGACAUCUACAAAGAAAAACGCUGUAACCUCAACCUUUAAGCCUUGAGGCUCUAUUAGACAAUAAAUUUCAAUGUGUUACUUUUUACUUUUGUAAAUUUUUUAAUUAUGUGCGUUGGUUAUAAAGUUAAUUUUUUCUUGUAGUUGUCAUUUAUCUUAAUCUUUAUGUUUACCUAUAGAAAAAUUUAUUGGUUUGUUUUUUUUAUUCUGAAAAUUGUUGUGAUUUAUUUAUAAUUCAGUAUUCAAUAGGUACUUAAGGUAAAUAUUUUUUUCAAUUUCAUUCCAUUUAUAUGUACAAAAUAUUUGUAAUAGGCGAUAUUAUUAUUGAAUAUAUUUAUUUUUAGUUUUAGACAAGAUUUGUAUUGUUUUUUAUUCGGCAUUUUGUGAUAAAAUACGUGUUGUAUAGAUUUUUUUAACAAUAUAUAAUGUAAGCAUGGCCGCACUUCUCGCUACACACCACAAGCGUAAGCAGACUUCUUAGUAAGGAAGGUCUAUACGAAGCGCGGUUGGGACAAAGCCCAAGAUGUAUAGUCUGACGUGCAACCGUGUAUACUUUUUUAUUAAAUUAUCAAUACCAUUUAUAGUUUACAUAAGUAAGUUUACUUGCAUCAUGUAAGGCUCGUAAAACAUGCAAAAAAAUAUGUACAUUAGAUUAACAUUACUUAGAUAACUAAAUGACAAAAAAUUACAAUUUCUGCUAAUUACUUCAAUAACAUGUAUAAAUUAAUUUGAUUCAAAUUUCAUACAUUUUGGCAACUGAUUAUUGUUCUAUUCUAAGAUUUUUUUUUUAAAUUCUUAUUUAAUGUUUAAGAUUAACUUACCAAUUAAAAAAAUAAUAAUAUUCCAUAUGGAUUGUGAUGAAUUUUAAUUAAAUAGAAAAUGUCAAUAUUAAGGUGUUUUCUAAAAUAUGCAUUGUAUUGUGCACAGUAAGGUUUAAAUUUCAGAUACACUUUUUAUUUAAUGAUUAUAGCAAGAACAAAAAAGAAUUUACACAAAUCCAUGUUUUGGAAAUGUGUAUUAUUAUAAUGAAGUUAGCUAAUUGUAUUUAUUUUCGUGCUUUAAGCUGAAUACAAGAUAUUUUUUAU